AAUCACAUCAAAAAAAACCAAACGGGUCCCUGAAAAAAAACAUUGUUUUUUUUUUUGUGCAGUCAAGAGAGAAAAAAAGAGCGAUGGUUCGAGGGAAAGGGAGAGAUUAUAUGCCGAGAAAGAAAAUCGUCAAUUCCGCGGCAUCGACGGCGGUGAAAAUAUCAAAAGCGGCAGACCCGAUGAAAAGCUCGGUUACCGCGGCGGUUAAAGAAAUCCGGUACCGCGGUGUAAGGAAGCGACCAUGGGGUCGAUUCGCUGCUGAGAUUAGAGAUCCCUGGAAGAAAGCUCGAGUCUGGUUGGGGACCUUUGAUACCGCUGAAGAAGCUGCACAUGCUUAUGAUUCAGCCGCGAUUAAAUUUCGCGCUUCGAAGGCGAAAACUAAUUUCCCUAUCCCUGAACAUAUCCUUGCGGCUGAGACUGCAGCUGCGGCCGCUCAGAAUCCUCAGCCUUUGGUUGCUGUUGAUAACCGUCGGGCUGAGGUUUUGAAAUUUGUUGAACCUGAAGUUGUUCAGGUUAAUUGGCCUACUUCAAGCAGUAUGAGUAGUACUGUUGAAUCUUUGAGUGGGCCUAGGAUUGUUCAGGUUGUUGGUUCUUCGUCUUCUUCUGCUGUUUCCAGGGUUCCUAUUGUUGCUGGUGCUGGUGGUGGAGCUGCUCAACCUGUUGGUGCUGCUGCUGCUCGUGCUGGCAAAAAAUUUCAUAGUGGCUGUGAUUCAUCUACAUCUGCUGUUGAUGAUGACGAAAAUUGUGUUAUUCUCAGUUCUUCUACUGCUUCAGUGAGGAAGCCUAUGGUCCAGGCUCCGGCCCAGGCUCAUGUUCAUGCUCCCGCUCAGGUUCCGGCUCAGGUUCAGGUUCCGGCGCAGGCUCAGGCUCAGGCUCAAGUUCAAGCUCUGGUGUUUGCUAUUGAUCUGAAUUUGCCUCCUCCGAUGGAUGAUGAAUAACCUUUAUUUGACUGACUUUGAUUCAUCUUGUAUCUUUAGUUCUCAUUCUUCCAUCCAAUAUUACUCUCAUCCAUAAUAAAAAUAGUCAAUUCGAGAA